GGUGGAGGCUCCGACUCGGUGCGAUAAGUUCAGGCAUUGCCGCGUGUCGGCGCGACGCACGCGUCGCGGCGAUCUCGGUUCUUGGUGCGACGGUUGUUUUGGACUCGUUCUGUGCGGUACCCGGGAUCCCGAACUCUGACCCAGCCGGCAACGUGCUCGCGGAUGGCCGCCGAAAUUCUACGCCAAUCACGGGACCCGGACCAGACGGCACGGUAGGAGGGACCCAUCGGCAAGUUUCGCGACUAUCGGCGGACCUUCGAGAGAAGAGGAUCUGGAAAUUGAGACGCGAUGGUUCGGUCAGACGGUGGAACCUCGCCGACCCAGGACACGGGGGCCUCGCACGCUGAUGCUCUUCCGCUGGCUGCCGAUCGAGGAACCGCAUCUCCGAGACGCGCGACCCUUCACGCAGGGUAGGACUGCCCCACGGCCAACACCGCAAGCGGUCCGGCCGCGUCUGGCGGUGCCGCGAACGCGCGGACUGCGAGCCGUAUAUACCUAUACACAUAUGUACACGUAUACGCGUAUACGCUCGUAAUUGUCGGCGUGCGUGCACCCGCCAUCGGCGUGCCGGUGCAACUCUAAUUGCCACGUACGACACGUGACUCUCCGGACGCGACGACGUUUUUCAGCUGAAAUUAUACCUUCGGAAAUUAUACGGUCGCCGCCAACUCCGGCGGAUCGCGAUACCUCGGGAUGCGAGGGUGACAUGGCGGAGGGCUCGCCCGAGGAGGAGCAGAGCGGUACCGCCGCGCCAGCCUCGCCGCCUGCCGACCUACGCAUCCUGAACUGCACCCAACUAUCGCCUCCCUAUCAACACCAGAGGCUCCAGCACCGUCUGCAGCACCGACUUCAGCGUCGGCAGCAGUCCAACAUGCUGGCAGCAGCGGCGCCUCCACGGCAGCACGCCCACGGCGUGCCGUCCCACCGCAUCAAAGCCGAGGCCGAUGCAGACGCGUCCUGCGAUGCGCCGCUGAACCUUAAGAGCGAGGAUAGCGAUAGGAGUAGCGCUGGAAGUCCUGAACCAGGUUCGGGAGUGAUGCACGAACAUAGAGCGAUGAUGGGUGGUAUCGGAGAUUCACCCCGGAGGGAGCCAGGCACGCCGACCGAGGCCAUGGAUCAUGCAGCCAAGGCUGCAGCCCAAGCCCAGGCUCAGGCGCACUUGAACGGGACGAUGGCAGGCAUGGUGACGCUUCAAAACCUGCAGAAUCUAGCCAACCUGCAGAACCUGCCCCAGGUGGCCUCUCUGGCGGCAGGACUCCAAGGGAUGACGGCCGGCCUGGCCAACAGUCAGCUCAUCAACGCACCCCUGAACCUGACGGUCAGCUCAUCGGGAACGAUACCCACCGCCUCGAGCACGGCGGCUGGUCCCCAUGCACUGCCACCCAGUUCUGCGCCCAUGGCGACGCUGCCCCAGCUCCUGUCGCAGCCGCAGCCCGUGGCGAUGCCGCAGUUCAUCCUGACGUCCGGUCAGCUCGUGCAGGGGAUCCAAGGGGCCCAACUGCUGAUCCCGACCUCGCAAGGAAUCGCCACUCAGACGAUCCUGACCAUCCCCGUAAGCCACGUGACGAACAACCAAAUGGUCAACCUGGCCCUGAGCAACGGCCAAGUGGUGUCCACAACCCUGGCGAACUUGCAGUCCAUCGCCCAGCCGCAGAACCUGAUGAACCCCCCGCCCAGCAACGUUCCUACGAGUCCCGGCUUGGCGUCGAGUUUGGGGUUGAACCCUGCAGCGCUGCCCCAUCUGCUGGGCAAUGGGUCGGCAGGCCAGCAGCUGCUGAGUGCUAUGCAGCCUCAGCAGCUUCUUCAGGCUGCUCAGGCAGCUCAGGCUCAGGCACAGGCAGCCCAGGCUGCUCAGGCGGCCCAGGCUUCGCAGCAACCGCUGCUGACGACCUCCCCUCAGCAGCACGCUCAUCGACACGGUGGUUCUUCACAUCCAAACCAUUAUGCGCCCACUGACAAGCACCAUCGAGACAGACCGGAACAGUCAUCUCCGAUGAACGGGUCCGUGGUCUCUGCAGCAUCCGCCCUGAACAGGCUUGCCGCCAGCAACGGGGAGAUCACCAUCACGACGACCGGUGGCCACGGUCUGAGUGGUGGAACCACGGUCAAGGCGUCUCCCAGCAGCUUGCACAGCCCAAGGGACGAGGAGGACGACCUGCUCAGCGACUCUCCCAAUCAACCGACCAUCAACGAAGCCACCAACAACGUCGUCGACGGGAUAAACCUUGACGAGAUCAAGGAGUUCGCCAAGGCCUUCAAGCUGCGCCGACUGUCGCUGGGCCUGACGCAGACCCAGGUGGGCCAGGCCCUCAGCGUCACGGAAGGGCCGGCCUACAGUCAAAGCGCGAUCUGCAGUGCCCUGGCUACCCAGAUGUACGCUGCCUCGCAGAUAGCCUCUCAGCAGCAAGCUAUGUUCGAAAAACUGGACAUUACGCCGAAGAGCGCCCAGAAAAUAAAACCCGUCCUUGAAAGGUGGAUGAAGGAAGCCGAGGAGAGGUACAAGAGCGGCGCCAACCACCUGACCGACUUCAUCGGGGUGGAGCCCAGCAAGAAACGGAAACGCCGAACCUCUUUCACUCCCCAGGCUCUGGAGUUGUUGAACGCCAACUUCGAAAGGAACACCCAUCCAUCAGGAAACGAGAUUACCACUCUGGCUCACCAGUUGGGCUACGAUCGCGAGGUGAUAAGGAUUUGGUUUUGCAACAAGAGGCAGGCAUUGAAGAACACCGUGCGGAUGAUGUCCAAGGGGGUGGUGUAAGAGGCCAAGAGUGGAGCCAUGGCGAAAACGAGUCACCGGGUCAGCGAGUGGCCAGCAGUUGUCCAUGGAGUGCUCGGUACCGGUCGAAGGCAUCGCAUUUCCGCCCGGGUGGGCUGGUCUUGAAGGCGCUGGCGCCGAUCGAUCCGACCGGUUGGUCGGACCAGAGUCCCCCACGGUCGAAUCCGGAUAAAUCUGCGACCCGGAGAAGGUCUUUCGCCCCCAAACCAGACGCGUCAUCUUCGUGGUGCGAGCUGACGCGAGUUUUCGGGGAGUCGGGGCCUCGAGGGUCGUUUUCCUUGAACUUCCCCAGACAGUCCUACGGAAUUAUCCGGAUGGUCAUUCUCGGUAUACUCGGCAAUGCUGUCCGAAGACCUUGAGGUCGCGGAAGAGCGACUGCGCGUGCAUGCGAGCGAUCCAGGGAUCGUGUGGUGCGGAAGACGGCUUUCUCUCUCUUUUGCGCACGCUUUCUCCUAUGGCCCCCCUCGCGGGACACUCCCUCGCAGGAAGUCGAAGUCGGUGUCCGAUCGCCGACCAAACUUCUGCUCGGGCUGAGAGCAAUCGACUAGGCUGUAAUUAGAAUCGGAUGAACAGGGCGGAUGUGCGCGAGUGUGGGGGGGCACGAUGUACAUAUACACAGGCGUUAAGACACUUCCGUUAAUUUCACUAUCCUAGAUAAAACCGAUAGUCGGCUAAUUUAAAGGACCCUGAGAUCAUGACGAGGCUUACGCAGGUUACAAUUAAAGACCACUGUGUAUAAUAAUAGUUGCAAGUUCCCGGAGCAAGCGAGUGGUGGGUUUCGUUUCUAGCUCCUGCCGAGUUCACGCUGCGCCGAAGAGGAGCGCGCCCCGAAUUUAAAAUGGCGGUCGGCGAAGCGGUACCGCUUAGACGAGGCAUCUUGUUCUUUGAAACUGGCGAACGCUAAUGUCUACCCUUCUUUCACCGACGAUACCAUAUCCCUAGGGAAUGCAUUCGCGUUCGCCAGGAGAGGGUUUAAGCGGUCGUCGAAUUGUUUCAGGGAGCAACGACCGCUGAACCACGGUAGUUGGACGAGGAAAUGGCGACGAGGACGCGGAAUGGCGAUCGAAUCGGCCGAUUUUCUUGUUAGUUUGCACCGAUCGCCACCUUCCCGAGGUGUGACCUGGUCCAGGUGGUCCAAAAGUUGCCGCUGCGACACAUGAGCGGUUGCUCCGUUGCUCCCAGGGCGCACGGAUGAAACGCGUUCUCCAAACAGCGCUUUGGCGGAAGGUCUAUCUGCGCACACUCGGCAAGCGAUUUCCGACCUAGGAGACGCACACUCGGCUGCGGGCGGUUCAUCUUCCGUAGGAUUACGGUUACCCACACCCCUGGUUACAGAAAGAGAGAGAAAGACUCCCCACGGUACUGUUUUUGCGGAGCCGUUGUUCACUAGGUCUCGCUAUAAGCGAUUCAAAAUGGCGGCGCGUCUCGCGGGCGCCUCCACGGCCGGGGAGGCCUGCCAACUCUGCCGUAAAAUAAACGCGGGAGGACUUUUAGCCGCAGCUUCUAUGGUGAUAUACUCUGAAAAGCCGCCGCGCGGAAUGACGCGCCGAUCUCGCCGUUGGUCUCGAUUCGCCGGGAGGGAACUGUUUUCUUUUUAAACAUUGCCCAGCGAAACCAAAGUUCCUACUACGUUUUAUAAAGUGUAACCGAACCGCUAAACUUGGCAUGUAAAUAGGGUACGAGCCAGUAUUUGGAUGAGCAAUCUAACGCCGCUAAUGUCUACCGAGAUUCUGGCAGUCCGUCGUU